AUGGCAAGCGCCUCAGGAUACAAUCAUCAGCGAUUCGCCCGCACAGUCCUCAAGAAAGCCCGGAAAUGGGAGGCGAGCUUGACUGUCCAGCUCCACCCUUCUUAUUGGAAGUUUGCCGAGUCUCCCCACAACUUCCAAUAUGAAGGCCCUAUGCGCCCCUUCCUCCUCGCCCUCCGAUCUCAAGUCAUCCCGUCCGCCCUCAUCCCCUUCCUUUAUGACAUCAAUCCACCCGUUGCUUUUGUGGAUGGAUGCCUCGUCGUCGAGGUCCAGGACUUUAGGCGGAUACCGGAUGUGCGCAGCAGGGUGGUCAUGCGCCCGGCUGCGGAGAGUCUUGCGCAGACUAUAGAGCAUAUGUUGGAGAGGAGAGGCGAGACCUGGGAGGAAGGGCUGGCGCUAGAGCUGGAGUCGAGCAUUAUCGCCGCAACAUCGCCCCCACUUUACCUCGGGACAUCUCUUCUCGCUACUCGCAAUGCCGUCCUCUCCAUGGCUCUCACUUCACCCGCGACUCCCGGUCUCUCGGCCGAUGGGCACCUCCGUUGUCCUAAGACCGCCUCAGAACCCGCGUCAUCCACUUCGGACCGGAUGCGCAAGCUUCUUCGUGCUGGCGGAGGUGUCGGCGCAGGUCAUAUGGGAGGUACCGGCUUCCAGCCCAAUUGGAGCAUUCUGCGACUCAAAGAACGGAUGGCGGAUAUCGAGCGGAUCAGGCUGGCGGAGAAGGAGGCGAGGGAAGCUGGGCUUUGGCAUCCCGGCCCACCUUUACCCGGGGGAAUUGGCGGUAUUGGGGACAUGCAGCCACAACAGGGACCCAGUGGGGCAGGGAUGCCAGCAGAAGAGCAGGCACCGCCACCUCCCCCGCCAAAGAAGAAGAAAAAGAAGCGGGCGGCAGACGAUGGAGACAAGGAUACGGCGGCAGCAUCGGCACCAUCUGCCAAGAAGAAGAAGGGCAAGGCAAACGAAUCGCCGGACAAGCCGAUGGGGGCGGUGAAGCCGAAGGUGGAGGAAGGGGAGGAGGUAAAGCCGCCUCCCAAGAAGAAGCCAAAGAAGAAGGCGGUCAAGACGGAGACUUAG